AUGCGGGCGGUUAUGUCUACUUAUCACCUUAUGAUGAAGUUUCCCGCCGAGGGAGGGGUUGGAUACCUCCGAGGGGAUCAGCGUGAAGCUCGGAGGUAUUAUGCAAUAACUGUAAGAAAGGGUUCGGUGAAGCAGACCCUCACUGUUAACGUCCUCGACCCUAAAUCUCCUGCAGAAGACUCCUCCAUGGAGGACUUGACGACCGUCGUACUCGAGGAAGCUGACCCUAGCAGAACGGUUCUGCUCGGAUCGUCGCCGAAUUCUGAGCAUCGGCUGAAUGUGGAUCCGGAUCACAAGCCAGUGAAACAGAAGAGAAGAACAUUCGACGCCGAGAGGUACUUGGCCAUAGCAGAUGAAGUGUCGAAGCUUCUCGGCUUUGAAUUCAUUGAGGCAGUAUAUUAUCCAAACUGGAUCGCUAACGUGGUCCUCAUGAAGAAAGCCAACGGGAAGUGGCGGGUCUGUGUAGACUAUUCGGACCUGAACAAGACUUGCCCUAAAGACAGCUUCCCUCAGCCUCGGAUUGAUUAG